AGUACUCGAUUUUAAAUUAAUUUUUUUUUUAAAUGCAAAUAAUUUUUUGUUCUCUUGACCUUCCCCGCUAAAAAAUUCCACUAUAUUUUCUGAAAUCUAACUGUCGGCGAUAGAAUUCGCGGCGUCCUUCCGGCAAAGGCUUCGUUUUUCUCAGUUUCAGCUUGGCACUCGAUUUCCAUGGAUCUAAAUGACCUCAACAAGGUAUGGAAGGUGAAACCCCUUCAGAAGAUAAGAGAAGACGAGGCAAGGGAAAUCUUAGAAAAAGUAGCAAAACAGGUCCAACCAAUCAUGCGCAAAUGGAAUUGGAAAGUCGAACUCCUUUCUGAAUUUUGCCCUCCAAAUCCAUCUCUAUUAGGGCUCAACAUAGGAGGAGGGACAGAGGUCAAGCUAAGAUUGCGCAGACAUAAUAACGAGAAUGUGAAGAACUUAUGGCUAAAGGAAUUACAGGCACAGGGAAAGGGUUUGAUCUUCCUGGAAAGUGACUUGGAGGAUUUUCCCGCCAGCUUCCAUUACCCUUAUUGAGGCAGAAGACGCUGUCGGCUGCAGAAAUCAGAGCACAACUAGGACAAAUGUUGCCAAACAGGCCAAAACGCAUUGGUGGUGAUAAUAUCAUCAAGGCUUCUCUGAGCCCCAUUCAAGCUGCUGCAAUGGCUGCUGAAAGGCGGUUACUUGAUGAUGUGUGGUGUGGAUCCGAAUCUCUGGUGGCUAAACCAUCUUCUGAUUCUGAAACUUCUAACGUUUCCCGAGUACAGAAAGAUGGGUUCAUUGAGAGCUCACUUCAUACAACAGACUCUAUUCCGACAUGGCAAUGCAGUGCUUGUACUUUAUUGAAUCCGAAUCUAGCUCUUUCCUGUGAAGCUUGUGGAACACUAAAGAAUAAGAAGGAAGGGAGUGAGAAAUCAAAGGUGUGGGCUUGCAAGUUUUGUACAUUGGAUAACAGUGUGAAGUCAGAGAGAUGCAUGGCUUGUGGGGAGUGGCGAUACUCGUACGGCCCCCCUAGUUCUUCUCAUGGACCGUACCUUGGAACGUGAUAGAGUGAUGGACCACUAAAUCAUGAACAAACAAUCCUCCUAAUUUCAUAUGAUAGUGGUAAGGAUUGUGUACUCUGAAUUAUUAUAGGGAAACUUAAUUAAUAGGUUAGUGUUCUUGUUACUAAUUAGGUUUUUGUUGUGACAUAGGAUCACGCAAGACUCGAUGAAGUUGUUUAAAAUAACAACACAACAUUAUAAAAACACAGUGAAGAACAAAAGGUGCUCAACCUUUUUGUUCAAUAAAUAGUCUUGCCUUUU